UGGAUUCUUUUCAAAAUUGUAAAAGAACAAAAUUGACCGUAGAUAUGGAAAACAUUGACAAUAAAUAAGAGGGAUAAGUUGACUCCAACGUGGACAUAAAGCUGACGUGGUAAACACGUGGUUUGCACGGAAUCUUCUUAAUUAAGAAGACGAGUGUCGCGUGUUACUCCGAGACCCCCACGUACCGAAACUACAUUCCCACGUGCCUAUCCAUCUCUCACAUAUCAUAUGGACCGUCCGAUCCGGUCUAUUUGAGUCAUUGUAUUAUAAUCCUACGGUUCAGAUCAAACUACACUCGAUUUGCAAUGCGUCUGUCUGGAUUAUAAUAAACGCCGUUAUUUCGUUAAAGGUCCUUUCAUCAUUGACAUCGGUCCACUGUCCUACUAGGCAAAUAAUCCAAUACGGGAGUUGUAUUGUGCAACCAUGCAUGCGAUAAUUUAACCACCACUUAAAGAGUCUUAAACAUAGGCCAACAUAGACUUAACUACGGUGCACGCGGAACUUAACAUGGGUUAAGAUACACCCGAUAAUAGCUCGUCAAAUAGUUUAAGCUUAAAGUGACAUCAGCAUGUUUUUUAAAACCUAGCGUUAUAUAUAAUGUCACCUUCUUACGUUAAAGUUCUUCCUUACAUCGGACAGCCAGAUAUAUUUCUCCGCCUCGAUCCUCGCCCUUGGUUCAUAACAUUUUGUUGAUAUAUAAUUCGAAUCUAACGAGGUUUUAAUUGAUCGGACGUGAAAAUCUCAUCACCGGAAAAAGAUGGCGUAUGCAAAAAUCGGUUACGGCGGGAGUUAUCUGGUGCAACGCGGCGUAUUAGAGCAUCCGUGUGGAUCCGAUCACAAUGCGAGAUCGCUGCUUUCUUCGUCGUUUCCUAUCAAUCUAGGUGGUAAUCGGCGAUCUAACGUCGGAACGAUCUCGGCGUCGAUAGCAGAGGCCGUGACUGAGAUAGAGAAACAGAGAGGAGGAGAAAGAAGAAGCGGAGGGAGAAGCAGAGGAGGAGAUCGUAGAGCGGUGGAGGCGGAGCGUGAGAAGUUAGACAGGUGGAUGAAGGACUCGGUGACGGAGAUCGUUAAGAAUCUAAGCGAAGCGCCGUUGUUGGUUCAUUUGUUCGCCGGAGAUAAGGAGGAGGGAACGGUGGUUGUGAUGAAAGCGGAGGAAUGGGCGGCGGUGAAGGGAAGAUGGGAGAGAGGAGAGGCGGAGAUGCCGGAGGGAAUAGUGUUCGUGGAGCAGUUAGGAGCGGCGGAUGAGAGCUGUGGGUGUGGUUUCGACGGUGGAGACGGCACACGUGCGUGGGGGUUGGUGGUGCAAGGGAAAGGAGUCGAGUGUGGGCCGGUUUGUUAUCUGCUGAAGACGACACGGGUCGGGUCAGGGUCAGGAUCCGGGUCGGGUAUGGGGAUGAGGUGUACGCAUUUCUGCCUAGCAAAGGUGUCGAGUUUUAGGGAGACUAGUGAAUCUCAGCUUAGGAAUUGUUGGCUUGUGGGAAAUUGAUAAUUCAAAGCCUUUUGGGAUUUUAUAUCAUGUACAUAAAUAUAUUUGACCAAUUUGGGUAUCAUAUCAUAUUAUGAUAAUUACUAUUACCAACAUAAUUAAGUAAAUAAAUUAAAUA